AUCUAUACUAUUAAAACAGGAACCCUUUUAUGAAUUUACCCCUACUCUUCCCUGGUAUAUUACUUUUUGUGCCAUCAAUUUUGCUUUGAAAUUUAGGUGUCUAGAAGGGUAAUACGGGAAAUAAAAAAAGACCACUAGAGAGUCCCAAAAAUCACGCAUCAUAUUAUUCUAUUCGAUAACAUUUAUAUUUUUCUUCUUUAAUGCUAUACUAAUCAAUUAAACUAAUAUUAUUCCUAUCAAAUUCACAUAAACUUCUCACAAUAUUAAUAUUUUUCACAACCAACGGAUGACCAAAUAACAUUAUUAUUUCCUUCUUUAAUGCUAUACAAAGUAAACCAAUAUUGUUUCUAUCUUCUGCUAACAAAAUAUAACAAUGCAGUAUUAUUUUAAUGUUACAUACAUUAAUGAAACUAACAUAAAGUUUGUCUAUCAGUUAUAUAUUUUAUCCUCCUCGAUUAUAAAUCCGAUUCAUACAAAAUAGAAGAACCUGCAAACUGAAAUUUAGUCCAUGUAUGAUUUGUUUUUAUUCUUCUGUUUUGGUAUGAAUACCUUUUUCUAUAGAAAACACCAAUCAAACAAGAUGAUUAACUUUUGUGAACAUAUCCAUCAGUGCUUACCUUACAUAUGAUGUGUGAUAUCUUAUACUACCUAACCAAACCCUAAAUCCUAUUUUUUCUGGACUCCAAAACCAAUAUAUCCAUCGAUGCUUAUCCUACAUAUUAGUUGAUAUACACCUCUAAAAUACAAAAAAAAAUGUUAUAAUCCGUGUAACAAUACAAUAUCCCUUUUCACAAAAAUUUUCAACUAAUCGAGAAGAAAAGUAUAUUCCAAAUUAAAUUCUAACAAAAUCAUAAACAGCCUACAUAAAAAGCGGACACCAUAACAACAUCAGUACCAAAUAACUAUUUUCACUUAGUUAGAUAAUAGGAUAUACCUUAUUAUCAUCGUAUCACAAUAUCUUCCCUCCUAACUAAUAUAAUCUACACAGAUUUUCGUUAUCAUUCUAUGAUUGAAAAUUAUACCAAAACAAUCCGAAUAUUCUUUUUUUCACUGUCAUUUCUAAGCUAUAUAUAAAAGCCGUAGUAUUUCAGUAAUCUUCUCAAACAAAAAAUUAUUUCCCCUCUUCGAAAAUGAGUAAAAUGCAGAAAAUUUCUUACCUUUCCCAGUUGAGAUCUUCCAGAACUGAUUGGUCUAUUCAACUGAAAGUAAUCCACACCUGGAAGCAAACAAACACUGCUUUUGGUGAAACCCUUGAAAUCAUUUUUGCUGAUAAGAAGGGUGAUAAGAUCGUUGCAACAUGUAAACAUUCCUAUAUGAAAAGUUUGGGGAGCAAAUGUGUUGUUGGUGAGUGGAAGAACAUUACUAACUUCGCUGUGACAGACGCCAAGGGUCAUUACCGACCAACAAAACACGCCAAAAAGAUUACCUUUAUCAAUUUCACCAAGAUUUCUGAGUGUGAUUACCACAACAAAGAUAUGUAUCUAUCUUUGAUGGAAUUUGAAACUGUUUUGAGUGGAAAAGCUAAUUCGGAUUUCUUGAUUGAUGUUAUUGGCCAAGCCUUGGAUGUUGGAGAGUUACAAAUUAUCCAACGUCAAAAUGGAGCGAGUUUGAAGAAGAUAGAAUUCACACUGCGGAACUUAAAUGAUGAGCGCCUUGCAUGUUGUCUUUGGGGUAAAUUUGCUGAAAUGAUGGAACCCUAUGGUGAAGAAUCACAAAUGGGUGUUGUUGUCUGUAUGAUCAGGUUUGCUAAGAUAGGAUCAUUUAAAGGAAUUCUCCAAAUUUCCAGUGCAUAUGAUACUUCAGAAGUUGUUAUAAAUCCAGCAAUACAAGAAGCAUAUGAUCUGAAAGAAGCGUUUAAAUUUGAAGAUUCAUCACUGUCUAUUGUUGAAUCAAACCAUGAUGAUCAUCAGUUGGCCAAAGCUGAUAACAAAAUGAAGGUUGACAAAUGGAAUGAGUAUGAAGAUAAGACCAUUGUCGAAAUGUUGAAAUCAACUCAGAUUGAAAAAUGCAAGAUUGUAGCUACAAUCUAUGCUGUUGAUACAGAUUAUGGGUGGUAUUAUUGGGGUUGUGAUGUUUGCAACCAUAGAACCUUCAGGGAUGGAGCAACUUUCUGGUGUGAGAAAUGCGACCGGAUUGUCACGAAUGUUUCACCAAAGUUUAAACUUCAUUUAAUGCUUAAAGAUGAUACCGGAUUAGCAAAAUUUCUGAUACUUGAUACUAUAGCAAACAUGAUCGUAAGGGAAAAGGCAACAAAGAUUCUUAACGGUUCUUUGGAUGAGAUCGAAGAUCCUGAAUUGUUGCCAACGUCAGUUAAGGAUAUUAUUGGUAAAACUUUCAAGUUUGGUGUUGGCAUUGAGAAAGAAAACAUUGCUUAUGGAGUAGAAUCUUACAAAGUUCUAAAAGUUUGGUCUAUGAACAAUUUUCUAACGGGACGUGAUACGUCAGAUACCACAUCAGCAAAGGAAACUACCUUGACCAUUGGUGAUGUGGGAUCUCAGAUGACUGAAGGGGAAGAAAGCUCAAGUUUAUUUAAUACACCUUCAUCAAAACGGUCACAAGAUGAACGAGAUGAUGUUCCCGAGCUUACUUCUACAUCAAAGAAGGUGUGUUUAAAAACUAUCAAGAUUGAAACGAUUUCAGAAGAGGAGAUUAAGAAUGACCGUUCCGAAGAGGAGAUUUAGAAGAACAAGAAGUACUAGCAAGCACAUGCGUCUUUAUUAAAGUUUUAUCUAUGUCUUCUUAAUAAUAGAUUUUCAAAAAUCUUUGCAUUUGUUAUGAAAUAAUAAAUUACCCUUGAAUUUUAUAUUUUGUUUCGGCCAAAGUAAAUAAACACCAAUAGAGCACCGAUUAUGUGCUCUACUGAAUAUUUGAAGUCAG